AUGUAUGGGAAUAAGACACCAACCUGGAAGUCAGAGGAAGCUUUGAGCCAAAGAUGGGAAGAGUGUGGAGUCAGUAAUCUAGCUGUUGUCAAGUGUGAACCCCCUCCAGACAUCAGGAAUGGAAGGCACAGCGGUGAAGAAGAUUUCUACACAUAUGGUUUUUCUGUCACCUACAGCUGUGACUCCCGCUUCUCACUCUUGGGCCAUGCCUCCAUUUCCUGCACUGUGGAGAAUAAAACAACAGGUGUUUGGAGACCAAGUCCUCCUACCUGUGAAAAAGUCACCUGUCACAAGCCAGAUGUUUCACAUGGGGAAAUUGUCUCUGGAUUUGGACCCAUCUAUAAUUACAAAGACGCUAUUGUGUUUAACUGCCAAAAAGGUUUUGUUCUCAGAGGCAGCAGUGUAAUUCGUUGUGGUGCUGAUAGCAAAUGGGAUCCUUCUCCUCCUGCUUGUGAGCCCAAUAGUUGUACUAACUUACCAGACAUUCCACAUGCUUCCUGGGAAACAUAUCCUAGGCCGAAAAAAGAGGAUGUGUAUGUUGUUGGGACUAUAUUAAGGUACCGCUGUCAUCCUGGCUACAAACCCACUACAGAUGCACCUACGACUUUGAUUUGUCAGAAAAAUUUGAGAUGGACCCCAUACCAAGGAUGUGAGGCGUUAUGUUGCCCUGAACCAAAGCUAGAUAGUGCUCAAAUCACUCAACACAGGAAAAAUCGUCUUGCCAAUCACUGUGUUUAUUUCUAUGGAGAUGAGAUUUCAUUUUCGUGUCAUGGGAUCAGAAGAUCAGCUACAUGCCAAGCAGAUGGCACAUGGAGUCCCCGAGCACCAUCAUGUGGAGACAGUAAGAGUUCAUAGAAUUAUCUUAUUCUG